UCGAGCUGAAGAAGGCAUACGAGACCAGCCAUGUAGAGCUGAAGGGUGGUCAGAACGUAAUUAUGGAGCAGCUCAGACACAUAUUGGCCAUGUUGAAUCGUCCGCCAACGACAGCUUCAGCACCGGAGGCCCCAGCAGAUCCAUCUACCCCACCACCAGCUGCUUCACCCCCAGUAGAAGAGGAUGAGGUCUUCCCCGAAGAUUACGAUCCUUAUGAGGGAGCUCCAGCGACUCCGAUCGAGGCACAACCUCUUAUCCAUGUACAUGACACCGAGUCGCAGGGUGAGAUUCUGUCCAUAGAGGCACAACCUGCAGUGGUUAAGAGUCGGAAGAGGAAGAGAAAGCCUCCUGUAUGGUUCGGUGACUAUACGGAGAUGAAGAGGAGACAUAGGCCAUCUUCGACUUUUGAUCCCCUGGAGCUACCGGAUGAGAAAUUGUUAACCACUUUCCGAAAGUGGUGUGUUGGACUCAUUCCGAACCACCGACUUCGGGAUUUGAGAAGUGGUGAUUACGGUCCAGGAUUCUUUUGGAUAAUGCUCACACCAAAGGAAUGGCUUACAGAUGACCAUAUAGAUGCAGCAAUGCAUAUGCUGAGGAGGCGACGCACCGACUAUCCACUGACAUUUCCUCAGAAGGGUAUCAUUCUCUCCACAUUCGUGACCGCCAUGAUCAGCAGUGCAUGGACGAGCCACAAGGGUCCGAGGAAAAACUUUAAAUGGGAGGAAUAUAUCCUGGACUACUGCACAGGGUUUCAUAAGGUAUUGUUUUAGUAAGAUUUUAAAUGUUAAUUGUUUGGGAAGAUUAUUAUGGUUUGUUAAUUGUUU